AUGUGCUCUGGAUGGUGCUUUACGACGAACAUAGCUUGGCAUGCAGGUGGGCGUAUUAUAGUUGCUUGGAACCCUCUCAGGUUUGUUGUUAACAUCCUUAGAUGCACCAGGCAACUAAUCCACUUGUUUGUUACUGCUAUUGAUAACAAAAAGGAGUUCUAUGUGACUUUUGUUUAUGGAUUUAAUAAAGAGGAAGAAAGGAAAGGCCUCUGGAAUGAGUUGAAGAUGCAAAUGACGAAUGAUCCUUGGCUAAUCUUGGGUGAUUUUAAUGAUAUUCUAAAAAAGGAUGAGAGAAUUGGUGAUAGAGUGAGCCACCUGCAGUACAAGAAGCUAGUCGAAGAUGAGUGGAAUCAGCCAAUUUCUGGAACUAAAAUGUACCAGGUUGUGUCGAAAAUGAAGUCCUUGAAGCAGGUUUUUAAGCGAAUUAAUAAAGAUAGUUUUUCUGACAUUCAAAAUGUUCAUUUGCUGGCUAAAAAGCAUAUGGAGAUCUGCGAGAACAAUCUGCAUAAGGAUCCUCUUAAUGUUGUACUCCUUGAAGAAGAACUGGAAGCCCGAAACAAAUAUUCAGGCGAGGAGGUUAAAGCCACAGCAUUCAGCAUUCCUAGUAUCAAAGCUCCGGGACCGGAUGGUUAUGGAAGUUCUUUCUACCAAGAAAACUUGGAUCUGAUUGGGGAUGAUAUCACUGCUGCAGUUACUUCUUUUCUCCAUACAGGUGCAUUAUUAAAAGAGAUCAACUUUAUUGUGCUUACACUCAUCCCAAAAGUGAAGUGCCCCAAUAUUCAACUAAGAUGUGUUAGAUUAAAACAAAUCCUCCCUGAAAUUGUUUCUCAAAAUCAAGGAGGUUUUGUUAAAGGAAGAUAUAUUGCUCACAAUAUUAUGAUAUGUCAAGACCUUAUUAGGCACUAUGGGCGGAAAACGAACAAGGCUAGCUGUAUGAUCAAACUCGAUCUUCAAAAGGCGUAUAAUAAUAUGGAGUGGGACUUUUUAGAAGAAAUGCUAGAGGCCUUUAAAUUCCUAACAAAGUUCAUUAAACUCAUAAUGACUUGUGUUUCCACUCCUCGAUUUUCUUUACUCUUUAAUGGUUCUCUACAUGGUUUCUUUAAAGCUAAAAGAGGACUGAGGCAGGGUGAUCCUAUGUCCCCGUUACUAUUUGUGCUUGGAAUGGAGUACUUAAGUCGAAUCAUGACUAAGGUUGGAUGCAAGAAGGAUUUUCAGUUUCAUGAUAGAUGCAAAGACUUAAGGUUGAAUCACCUUAGCUUUGCGGAUGAUGUAUUACUCUUCUGUAAUGGUGAUUACAAGAGUACAUACUUUAUGCUACAAGGCUUGAAAACUUUCUCUCAAUCCUCGGGGCUGAACCUGAAUGUGAAAAAAACUGCUAUAUAUUGCAGCGGCAUGCAAGAAUCAGAAAUUCAAAGAGUUCUCAACAUGUCCGGUUUUACUAGACAUCCAGCUCCUUUUAAGUACCUUGGCAUUCCCAUAUGUGCUAAGAGAAUAUCAGCUGCUGAAUGCACAGGAUUGAUUUUGAUUUUGCCAAAAAAGAUCAUAUCUGAAAUUGAGACUGUGUGCAGGAACUACUUGUGGAGGCAAGGUAGAAGUGAAGGGUCGGGCAGUGUUGCUUGGAGGUGUUUAUGUAAGCCUAAGGCAGCAGGUGGUUUAGGUUUUAUGAGCACUUCAGAUUUGAAUGAGGCAGCCAUUUUCAAACAUGUUUGGUCUAUCGCAAAUAAGAAAGAUAACCUUUGGAUAAGGUGGAUCCAUAGUGUUUACAUCAAAAAGGAGGAAUGGUGGGAGCAUAAAGCUCCCCCGAAUAGCAGCUGGUAUUGGUGCAAAAUAGCUGAGGCAAGAGACAAAGUGAAGCAGCUAAUGAACAUCAACACUUUCUCCUCAAACCAGUACUCAAUAGCAGCAGGCUAUAAACUGAUUCAAGGCAAUUUUGAGCACUUUUUCUGGUGCAAGGGCAGCUGGAGUAGGCUUAAUGUGCUUAAGCAUAGCUUCAUUGUCUGUUCGGAUAAAGAGACAGCAGACCACCUCUUUUUUGCCUGCAGAUUUUCUCUGGAAGUGUUACAGCAGGUGAAACUUUGGCUUGAUUGGAGGGUUGCUUCGAGUAGUCUACAGGCCCUAGUUCGAAGAGUUGAUAGAGGGAAAUAUUCCAAGUUUAGGAAGCAAGUGUAUUAUGCUGCAAUUGCAGCUUCGGUAUACUCUGUUUGGCAAAACAGAAAUGCUCAAAUUUGGAAUUCCCACAUGCACACAGUCGGUUCCUUGAUGCAGCAGAUUAAAUGGAUACUGAAGCACAGAAUAGCAAGUGUAAUGCCGGGGAAAGUAGCUGAGAAAGAUAGAGUUUGGUUUAGCAAUCUUUAA